AUGGGUUUAACAGAAAUUGUUGUUGAUUUGUCCAACAAGUCAAAUAGUUCUGCCGAAGAAGGACCGAAAGGAAGUACUGAAUUUAGCGCUUCAUCAGCAACCAAUGAUUUUCCGACAACCAAGUCAAGAUUAUCCUCCCACAUGACUGUAGACUCAUCAUCACAAAUACGCUCAUAUCCCGUGAUCUCGUUUGCUCUUAAUCAUUCCAGUCAUCCGAACAUAACACAGCUAUUCGAACAUCUUAUGUCUCUUCCUCCGAUGGACAAAAAUGGAUCAAUGAGUGGCAACUGCGACUUUGAAACGACACAAAUGGAAAAAUUUCUUUCGCAUACGUUCGGUUUUCAAAAUCUUCCUGGACAAUAUAUCGUACAAGGUGUCAAAGCAUUUCGAUUACGCAAACCGCUAAAUUCAAUGGAUCCAAAGAUGAUAAUACAGUUUCCAAGCAAUAUUUCUACUGAGCGCUUUGCAAUGACCGUGCAAGAAAUCAUCGAUUGGCAACAAUCAUAUAAAGUUUAUGCUGAUAAAAGUAUUGAUGGUAUGAACAAAGAAUUUCUUCUACGAGCAUUACAAGGACAGAGUGCACACGGAGAGGAAGCAUUUCAUAUGAAAUUUGUUGUUCGUAUUUCACAAUGUCCUAUCAUGAUGGAAUUCGAUGCUCGCUUAAUACCUCGUGCAUCGCAAGAAGAAUGGUCACACCGAAUUAAAUUAGUUUCAGUAACUGGUAUUGAUUUUGCUGGACGAAUACAUGAUGAAAAUGAUAUUCUUACUUAUGUCACAAACUGGCAAGAUGUUUAUGAAACUAAUCUAAAAUCAGGUGCGCUAUUAGUUUAUAAUAAAAGAGAUUUUCGUCGAAGAACUAAUGGUCCACGAGGAAAAUUAGACACAAAUCUCCUUCAAAAAGAUUUAAUGCGUAUGGCAAGACUUCGACUACGAGCAUGUGAUUAUGAAGGAGUACAAGUUGUAGUUGAAACAGGUAUUGGACUUGGUGUAUUUGCUGGCAAAGCGAUUGGAAUUGAUGAAACUGUACGAGGACUUUCUGCGUUCGCUAUUCGAAAAGUACUUGAAGAAGAUGGGUCGACUUAUCGAAACAUACGUGCCGUCGUGUUUGCUCUACCUAUUUUCGAUGUAGACUAUCGAAAUGGUAAAAGACAAGAUACCUAUCAAGCCUUUGUUGAUGAAUUCAAUGAAAGCAAUUAUGAAGGUCCUAUUCCUGUAUUAAUUGCUGAUCAAGAUAUGCAUCGAUUAACUGUAGCUAUUGCUCAGAAGGGUUUCAAUGUUUCUGAGUUGAAUCCUGCUGAUUCACAUGGUGUAUUUGGUGAAUAUUGGCAAAAUCGAGGACCAGCUGUGGAAGAAAAAUUAGCUUUAACUACAGUGGGUCUACUUGUACAGCAUCAUCUCAUUAAUCCAUAUGUACUUAAUCCAAACCAUUACGAUUUUAUUUAA